AUGUAUGGGAAGAAGAUAAAGCUGCUCUUUAACAACCUCGAAAUCCUGAUUUAUGUUGUAUUAUUUGAUCAGUCACCUUCGGGCAUCGAUUCAUGUAAUUUUCUGCCAGAAAUGGAGGAAGUGAAAUCAAACGAACAAUGGAUGUGCCCGCAUUGCAUUGAAGAUAAAGGAAUCAAACCUUACUGGAUAUGUAACAGUUCAUUGUGCCUGAAGAAGAGAAAGAUGGUUCCAACUGGGAUAGCCAUAUUCAGAGCUCGGGAGAUGGGAUACAAGUCCGUGGCACAACUACUAAUGGAUGAGCUCCAAAGAGCAGGUAGAUAA